AUGAGCACGGACACGCCGUCGCCUGGUGGACAGCCAAAACUGUAAAUAUUUAUUUUGUCAUAACUAAAAAAUUGACUAAAAUAUAUAUAUUGUUUUUAAUUUCAGACGAUUUCACAGGCAAUCUUUCAAAUGGUUAGGGCGUUGUCCGUGUCCUGUCUACCACGUAUUUACCGUGAUGCCAAGUGAUGCCAUGAAUUUUACGAUAGAGUUUAGGUUAGGUUAGGCGACUUUCUGAUGGAAGCAAGAAAUAGCGGAGCUCUAAGCUAAGUGGAAUUCAACCAGAAGAAACCAAACGAGGAGAAAUACAAUGAGUUUAGAGAGGCCAGGAAACAUUUGAAGAUAACGAUUGAAAGAAGCAAGACAAGUUGCUGGAACAGCCUCGGCAGGCAGGUCGACGCUGAUCCCAAGGGCCUAUCCUACAAGAUCGUCCGGAAGAAUCUCCUCGGUAAAAAACCAACCCUCAGGAUAACUUUGCCUGCAGGUUAGAGAGCAUUGUGUAUGGUCUCUUUCUAACCGACGAAGUCAUCGUAUGGCCAACAAGGGACGCAAUAGUGGAGUUAUAGGAGGUGAUGACUGAGGAGGCACGUUCGUGGCAUCCCUACAGAGAAAACUCCAGGCCCGGAUGUUAUAUCAGCGUUGGUGAUCAGAGUGAUCGCUGAGAGUAGAUCUGACAUCCUCGGUAGGCUGUUCAACAUGUGUCUGGAGGAGAGUUUAUUUCCUGAGGAAUGGAAAAAGGAUAAGCUGGUUCUGCUGCCCAAUGGCAACAAACCGCUGGACCAGAUUUCGUCUUACAAAUCGAUAUGCCGCUUAAAUAUGGCUGGGAAGCUCCUCGAGCGAAAAUUAAAGGGGAGGCUGGAAGUUCACUCUGAGUAG